UCACUCUGUCCAAACACACGCUCAUCCACUCUCACUCUCUCGGUGUGUGUGUGUGUGUGUGUGUGUUUGUGCGUCAACGAGCGGUCUCUGCUGCUCGGGACUAAAGCGCACGCAGCAGCUUUCAUUUUCCAGUGCUCGCUCGCUCGGUCGGGAGGGAGGAAGGAAAGAGGGAGGAAGGAGGAGAGCUCGGGCUGUUUGCAGCAGGGAUACCACCUCUGAUGGACGCCAUAUAGGAGCAGAUAACACUCAUAUCUUACUGUGUCUUCUACUGGAGACUGUUACGCGUGCGAGUGCAAGUUUCGUGGGAGACAAACUUGCAAACGCGUCUUCCUGCGCCACCGGUUUUGAUGUGUUUUAUGUGUCUGCGCUCGACAGUGAGGUAGACUUAUCCUGGCACGGGUUUUUCUUUUUACCGGCGUGGGGUCGAGCCCGUGGAUGCAGGUGCCGGGGUCAGUGUGUGAGCCCCACCGCAGGAUCAGCCUGGCAUAGGGGCAACCAUGGUUCCUCCAGUUGUUCCCAAGUGGAUGAGGAAUAUGUCUCCGGAGAUGCUGCUGCUGCUGCUGGUGCGGAUCCUGUGGGUUUUACCUGGGACCGGAGCGGCUCCUUCCCUGCGCACAGAGCAGCUGGACACCGGGGUGGACUGGCUGAGCAGGUUCGGCUACCUCCCGCCCCCCGACCCAGUGACUGGUCAGCUCCAGACCAAGGAGGCCCUGACCAAGGCCAUCAAAGCCAUGCAGAGGUUCGGAGGCCUGAAGGAGACCGGAGUCUUCGACCAAGACACACUGGGUCUAAUGAAAACACCCAGAUGUUCUCUGCCAGAUGUGUCUGAGGCCGAGGGGACAAUGGGCCGCAGGAAACGAAGCCUGAUUCCACAGAACAAAUGGAAUAAAAGGCAUCUCUCCUGGAGAGUGAGGACCUUCCCUAAGGAUUCAGCCUUACUGGGCAGGGACACCGUUCGAGCCCUGAUGUACUACGCCUUGAAAGUCUGGAGCGACAUCGCGCCGCUCAACUUCCACGAGGUGGCCGGCAACGACGCAGACAUUCAAAUCGACUUCACCAAGGCCGACCACGACGAUGGGUAUCCGUUUGACGGGCCGGGGGGCACCGUGGCACACGCGUUUUUCCCCGGGGAGAGGUUCACCGCCGGGGACACGCACUUUGACGACGACGAGGCGUGGACCUUCAGAUCACCAGACACCCAUGGGAUGGAUCUGUUUGCGGUUGCAGUCCAUGAGUUCGGUCACGCCAUCGGCCUGGUCCACACCUCCGCCAUGGAGUCCAUCAUGAGACCGUACUACCAGGGUCCCGUAGGAGACCCUCUGAAAUACGACCUGCCCUAUGAAGACAAGGUCCGCGUCUGGCAGCUCUACGGUGUCAGAGACUCGGUGUCCCACACAAUCCGACCAGGAGGCACCUCGCAGACGGCUGAGCCUCCCGUCCUGCUCGACCUUCCUGAGAACAGGUCCAACGUCCUGCUGGCGCAAGAUGCCCCAGACAGAUGCUCCAGUCACUUUGAUGCCGUGGCCCAGAUACGAGGGGAGGCUUUCUUUUUCAAAGGAAAGUACUUCUGGCGACUAACUCGAGAGAAGCACCUGGUGUCUCUGCGUCCUGCACAGAUCCAUCGCUUCUGGAGGGGCCUGCCGACCAACCUGGAUGGCGUGGACGCCGUGUAUGAGCGACCAGGAGAUCACAAAAUAGUCUUUUUCAAAGGUCUCAAGUACUGGGUGUUUAAAGACAAUAUCGUGGAGGAAGGUUACCCUCGUCCGAUCAGUGACUUUGGUUUGCCCUUGGAAAGCAUAGACGCGGCGUUUGUUUGGCUGCACAACGACAAAACCUACUUCUUCAAGGACAACCACUACUGGCGCUACGACGACCACCUGCGGCGCAUGGACCAGGGCUACCCCAAAGACAGCACGCUGUGGAAGGGGCUGCCGCUGCAUCUGGACGACGCCAUGAGGUGGUCGGACGGCUCGUCCUAUUUCUUCAAGGGGAAGGAGUACUGGAAAGUUCCAGGCAGUGACAUGGAGGUGGAGGCAGGUUACCCCCGCCUCAUCGCCAAGGACUGGCUGCUGUGCACGGAGAUGCAGUCGGACUCUCCCGACACGGAGCCCAAAAGCACGGAGACGAGGGUCAACGUGCACCAUCAACCGGACCACGCGGAGAACGGGUACGAGGUGUGCUCCUGCACCUCGGACUCCGCCUCGCCUUUGGGCGCCCGCCCCUCCACCUCCCCCCUCUGGCUGCUGCCACCACUCUGGACGCUCUCGCUGGCCCUCAGCUCCGAACUGCUAUGAUACCAAAGCACGGGACCAAGUUCCUGAGCUGACUGGUGGAGGGCCAGUGGACACAACCCUACAACUGGAAUAUUUAGUUCUCAUUUUAUCAUUUUUGCUCUCGUUUUUGUGAUUAUUUAUUUGGCGUUUGGUCCGUAAAGACAUCAACCUACCCACAGCGCUCUAUAAAUGUUUAUUGAAGGAAGAGAUAAAAGGACUGAACUUAUAAAGCUCUUUCUCACUAAGUCACAUUCACAUUUAAACAGCAACAUUCUAUGUGCAGCACUUUUUCUAUCCCCCACACCAGUCGUCACAGCCACCAGGGGCAAUUUGUUGCCUUGAUAUCUUGCCCAAGGUCACUUUGGAAUACAGACUGCAGGAGCCAGGGAUCGAACCACCUUCUGGUUCGUGGAUGACCCACACAAGGGAAAUGGUUAUUGAUUAUUUCUCGUCAUGAGCACUGAUCGAUGUCUCCACACACAGACGGAUACAAGCUUCCUGGGUUGUAGGUGAACGACAUGCCGACACACACUGUUGCCUAUAUUAUUAACUGACAGCAGGUUGUUUCACCAAAAUUGGUUUAAAAGUGCCAUAAACAUAUUAUCACACUUCCCUCUGGUGGUAUCUGAGUAAACAGAUGGUUCAUGUUUCUGCCUCCACCCCAAAUCGAUGGAAGUGGAUGGAAUUUCAUUUAUGCUCUUCAACAAGUUGUGCAUCUUUGCGAAAAACAAUAUCAGUAUUAGCUCAAUGGACAGAUCCGUCUGUCUGUCUGUGUUGAUUUUGUCCCUAUUUGUGAACAUCUUAAAGUUUACAUAUACGGAUAAAACAGCCAAAACGGAGCAGUACCACCGGAAAUCAUGGGGGGGGCAGUGUUGCCAAUAGAUCAAGUGAGACGAUCAUAGGACACUCGACUCUGUGCUGCCCUCUAGAGGACGCAUUAUGACAACCAUGCUAACGUAAAGGAUGCUUGGAGGCAUGUGGACAGUGAAGGCAGCACAGAUGAGCAUUUACUCUUGAUCGUCCACAGAACUCUAACUAGAACAGAACUAUGUGCAUUUGCAGGAAACCACCACAGAGAAGUGAGCUUUUUUGAAUAAUCUUCAGUAUUUGAGGGAACUGACCCUUUAAUAAACCCCAUAAUCCACACAUAUCCAUCACUGUUCAAAGUGAGGUCGGAACCAGACUUAAGUGCUUGUGACGGCUCUGACUCUCGCCGACAGUUUGAAAACUUCUUUACUGUGAGAGCGAGACAGAUGCUCGCCACUUCUUUUUUUUUCUUCUUCUGCUAAAUCCCACAGCGUUGCUCCGGAGUGAUGUGCUGCUGCUCAUGACUACAUUUCCAUGGUUUCAUUAUUUUCACCUCUGGGUCGGAGGUUGUCCCUGCUCUUGGUUCUCUAGUAUUUUUGUGUCAGAUUUCCCUGUUGACUUUUUACAUUGCUUGGAUCAGGUUAUAGAGUUUAUAGAGGCUUUUUGUGACUGUUGGACAGUUUCCCUCUCACCUCUUCUAGUCCUUCUCCAACAUGGCGCCCAGAUUUAUUCUUGCUGUAAAGAUAUAUUUACCUAUAGACGGAUAUAUUUGAGUUGAGAGGUGCUGCAGCGGCUGCAUAACCAAGUGGGCUGUGUAUAUUUUAAGCUGUGUUUUCUAAUGUAAAAUAUUUUUGUAGAAAAAUAAAAGGAUCUGACUUUA